AUGAGUACCUCAGUCUCUAUCCCGCCCGACAUUAUCGCCUUCGUCUCUGCCUCCACACCCACUCUCAAGAAUCUAACUAUCAGCGCCGUAUGGCUCGGUGUAUCCAUCCCUCUUCUUAUUGUUCUUUUCUUCUUCUCUACAGAGAAACUGCGCAGGAAACCGAUUUUCAUCCUCAAUGCCAUUUCCAUUUCAGUGGGGAUUAUCAUGGGGCUUCUGAAUGUCGUUCUUUUGGUGAAGUUCCUCCUCACUGUUCAGAUAACAACGACCAAGGUUCUGCUAGCGAUCUUUGUGCCCAUUGCAUUGCUCAAAUCUGGAAGACUGGCGAACCUCAUCCUCUGGGUACACCGCUAUUCGAUCCUCAUCAGGACAGCUAACUACACUCAGUUGGCGGUGUUGUCUGAGGGUCUGCCAGAAGCAACUGUCGAGUGGACCUUGCAAGUGGUGGAUAACGCCACAUCUUCAAGUUUGUUCCUUUGGCGCCUUUACAAAAAUGCACGGCUCCCAGCAGGCCUCAGCCGGAAUAAUGGUAAAUCCAGUAGCCACUGGGAUGAUGGGUCGCAGACGCUCCACGGAUCAUCCCAGGUGUCGAUGAGGUUCGCCACAAAUUCGGAUAUCGAUACGACACGCCAGGACACCGUGACUAGCGGAAAUACGAUGCGGCUGGGAGUCGUUCCGGACGAGAUUAUACUACAUUCGUUCAAGUCUUCUAACGAUACGGAUAUAGAGGACAAUAAGCAGUAG